UUAGAGGAAGAGAAGUGCUGCAUGCGAGAGAACUGAAGAGAAGGGCACACGGUCUCCAUGUCCUCUCUUAAUGUCUGAUGAAAGGUGAUGCUUCUGCCCGGAUCUUUUUGGGCUGGGGUGGACGGACAGAGUACUGGAUGACCACACAGCCUGCUGUGAGAGGCUAAGAGGACCAGAUGGAGGAGACUGUGGAGACUGCACAGCUGAGGCAGCCCAAAGAUGGGGAUAUUCCAGUCCGGCACUCGGAAACCAAGCGUUACAGUGAGAUAUUACGCGAUUUUGAUGCUUUGGAUCUGUCCCUAAAAUGCUCGACUGUGGAUGAGCUCCUGCAAGAAGCAGAUUCACUGUCUUUACCAGACACUUCAGCAGACACCACGCUGAACGCUGAUCUGGACGAUAUUACAGGUGAAGAUGUGGAAGAUGAAGUGAAGAUCUGCCGUGAAGAGGAGGAAAAAGACGAAGGCACUCUUUCGAUCGCCCAGGAUGCUGACCUGAGCCUCUGCCACUGCGAGGAUGGCGUGGAGCUUGCCCUGCAGUACGCCAAAAUGUGGUGCCGCUACGCCAAAGACCUGCUCACCUGGAUGGACAAGAGAAUCAGCCUAGAGCAAGAGUUUGCAAAAAGUAUUAUGAGAGCGGCAGAUGCAGCCAAGUCAUGUGUUGCUCAACAGGAUAUGAUGCCUCUACAGAAUAUCUACACACAGGCGCUGGAGCAUGAUCUCAAGACCAGCGCAUCAGCCAAACAAAGCGCUGAAAACAUACAACAGCGCUGCUACCAGGCCCUGUCAGCCAAGAGGAACGAGAUCGACAAGUGGAGGAGGGAAUUCAAAGAGCAGUGGUCAAAGGAGCAGAAGAGGAUGCAUGAUGCGGUGUCAGCGCUGAAGAGAGCCCGGCAGCAGUAUAUGCAGCGCUGUGAGGAGCUGGAGAAGGCCAAAGCCAUGACUGCCAAAGCUGAAGAGGACACUGGCGGUUAUAAGACGCUGGACAAGAGGAGGAAGUCCAGAGAUGAUGCACAGACCAAGGUUACAGAAACUGAGAUGCAGUACAGACAGUGUGUGAGUGAAGCAAACAACCAUCAGAAAGAGCUGGACAAAGUGAAGCGCAAGAUCAUCGUCCACAUACGCAAGCUCAUCUGUCAAGGAGACACUGUGCUGAAAGAGGCGACAAUGAAAAUGUUCAAUUUCCAGCGGCAGCAGACUGAGCCGGUUCCCCUGGCCUACCAAAAUCUGCAGUUGACCUGCGCACCCUGUGAGCCAGGUGAACCUUACCUGCACUACAUCCUGGGCAAACGCCUGCCUGACCAGCCUCCCCAGAUCUACAUCUUUCAGGAGUUCAUUCCCCAAAACAGGAGAUCCCCACCAACAGGUCGACGUAAACAGAGCAAUAUCCAACAAGAUUUAUACGCACUGCCAGAUGAUCUAAAACACAGCAGCAGUUUAGUAGAUGGACGACGACCCGGCCAGAGCGACAGAGACAGCACUGGAAGUCUCGAAUCGCUGUCCAGCCCAGCUCAUGGGACCCGUAAGCUGCCCAAGGCCUCCUCCACAGGAACCAUGUCUUCAGAUGAUCUGGAUGAGAAAGAUCCAGAAGAGAGUGAAGAGGGUUUGUCUGACAGCAAUGGCAUGACAUGCAAACCCCGAUCUGCGUCACGUGCCGCCUUAACCCACAGACUGAGAAAAAUGAAGAGCAAGAUGGUCAAGUGUAAGCAGUGUGACAACUACAUCCUGGUCAACGGGAUUGAAUGUGAGGAGUGCGGUCUCGCAGUCCACAGGAAGUGCCUGGAGGUUUGCCAGCUGGAGUGUGAGCACAGGAGAGGGUUCGUUUUUGGCACUGAGUUCUCUUCACUGCCCAGAGAAACGCAAGACUCUGUGCCCUUUGUGGUCCUGCGCUGCACUGAAGAGAUUGAGAACAGGGCUCUUGGAGUACAGGGAGUGUACCGAAUCAGUGGAUCCAAACCUCGCGUUUUGAAAUUAUGUCAGGCCUUUGAAAUCCAGAAGGACCAAGUUGACCUUAGUGACCUUUCACCACACGACAUCACCUCUGUACUCAAGCACUUCUUCAAGGAGCUGCCAGAGCCACUGCUCACCUUUGACCUUUACAAUGACUUCAUUGCUGUGGGUAAGGAGAUUCAGAGGCUCAGCGAAAAGGACCACGCCGCUGAGUCUCCUGGGAUUGUGGAGAAUAUAGUGCGCAGGCUCAGAGAGCUCAUUGGCCGAUUGCCUGUGUGCAACAACAUCACAGUGCAGCACAUGAUGGCCCACUUGAACAGGGUGGCCGAACAAUUCGAGGACAACAAGAUGUCUCCAGGAAACCUGGGUAUUGUAUUUGGGCCGACGCUCCUGCGGCCCCUAGUAUCUGGAGAUGUAUCUAUGAUCGCGCUUCUGGAAACCAGCUAUCAAGCCCUCCUGGUGGAGUUCAUGAUCUCCAACUAUGACCAAGUAUUCGGUUCCGCCACGAGAUCCGGCACACCUCCGCCACCUCCACCCACAGCACCGCUCCCAGAAACUCCACCCAGAGCAACCUGUCCUGUUUCUCCAUCCAGCAGCUCCUCUCAGGACCCCACAGCCACGUCUAGAGAACGUCCGCGCUCACUGGAGAAUCGCACUAUCAAGAGAGAUUCAAGCGAAGGUUAUAUUUCUGACAAGUCCUCAUCCAAUGAAGCAAUGGACCAGCUGAGCCCAGAAGCCAAUGAGAGAGCAGUCCUGGCUAUGAGUGCCACGGCAUCUCCUCAAGGGCUUCCGGGACAGGCUGCAGAAAAUCAACUACAAACUCGCUCCAGGACUCACCUCAGCAGGCAGCCGGUCAAGUACUACAGACAGGGUUCAGCAGGAGCGCAGUCACGGAAAACAAGCGCUCAGUUGAGGGACGAGAACAUUUCUGUGAGCGGAGAAGGACUCGUAUCUGGAAGUGCAGAUAGUAGUCGCAGCUCUUCUCCUGAGCCCUUAAAAACUCUCCUCUGCCUACAGGAGACCGUAGUCCCACAGGAUAAGACAGAGAGUCAGACUGGAGCUCAUGCAGGGGUGCAGAGGACAGUUUCACAGGAGUCCGUUCAAGCAGGAGCGUCUUCAUUUGUCAGAGAAGGUAACACAAACCAGUCCAACAACACCCUACGGGGCAGAGAGCGCCUGAUUCGCUCCUUGAGGAGGCGCUCUGUUGAAGAGAAAACGUCCCAGAAGGUGCUGUCUGGACUUAGGCUGAAUUCAGGGAAGGGCGAGCAGCUUCAUUUCGUUUGACACUGACUGAAACAGAGCUAACUUGUUUACUUGGGAUUCGCCGGAUUAAAUCCCGAUUUGUAAAGCAACAGUAUUUUAGCAUGUGCCGUACAUUUUUAAGUCUUCCUGCUUUGUGGCCCAUGAAGAAUCGAUAACUCAUUUUAAAAGUCACCUUGUGUUAAAUGAUUGACUUUUACCAUUUAUGAAUCCAUGCAGCCAAUUUCUGGGUCUGGCAGAAGCACUUUUAAUUUAGCUUAGCAUAGAUCAUUGAAUCAGAUUAGACCAUUAGCAUCUCGCUCAAAAAAUAUUUUUUUAUAAUUUUCCUAUUUAAAGCUUGACUCUUCUGUAGUUACAUUGUGUACUAAGACUGGCGGAAAAAUGAGAAGUUGCUAUUUUCUUGGUCGAUAUACAGUAGGAACAAUACUCUUUAUUCUGGUGGGAGCACUUUUAGCUUAGCUUAGCAUAGAUUAUUGAAUCGGAUUAGACCAUUAGCAUCUCAAAACAUUUCAAAAGGGUGUUUCAAUAAUUUUCCUAUUUAAAGCUUGACUCUUCUGUGGUUACAUCGUGUACUAAAACUGGCGGAAAAAUGAGAAGUUGCUAUUUUCUUGGUUGAUGUACAGUAGGAACUACAGUAUACACAUUUUGGUCGGAGCACUUUUUAGCUUGGUACAGAUCAUUGAAUCAGAUUAGACCAUUAGCAUCUUGCGUUAAAUUUAUUUAUUUUUUGGUAAUUUUCCUAUUUAAAGCUUGACUUUUAUGUGGUUACAUUGUGUACCAAGAGUGAUGGAAAAAGGAGAAGUUGCUCUUUUCUUAGUCAAUAUACAGUAGGAACUAUACUGUCAUUCUGGCGUAAUAAUCAAGGAACUUUGCUACUCUACUAUGCUGUAACUGAAGAAUAGUCCAGCUUUGAGUACAAAAAUUUUCAAAACUCUUUUUUGAAAUGUUUCGAGCUGCUAAAGAUCCAAUCCGAUUCAAUGAUUUAUGCUAAGCUAAGCUAAAAGUGCUCCUUGCAGACUUGUAGAUUGGCUGAAAAGAUUAAAAAAUGGUAAAUCUCAACUGUUUAACUGUGUAGAGCUGUAAAAUUAGCCCUUAUUUCAAAAUAUUUGAAAAUAAGUGUUCCCUUAACACACAAUGCAGAUGGCAGUUUCCGUUCUCACUGGAUAUCUGGCAUAGAUUUUCUGGUGUUUAUUUGUGAAAACAUAGACAGCCUGUCUUGUAUAGAUGUUUGAUGCUGAAACAUGACUCCUUUGGGAUGAACGUGCUGUAUGUGGAAACAAAACAUGGAUAUUUGUUUUCUUUUUUUUCCAGAGUAUAUAAAAACCACUUAAUUUUU